AUGUCGGCCGGAGACCUCGUCACCGUCCUUGCCGAGGGCACAUUCGAGGAGCAGAUUGUCGAAGUGUCGGCCUUCCUCUCGCGCUCGCAACCCGAAGCGUCGCGCAACGACUUUAUCACCCGUUUCCAGCAGCUCGCCAUCGAUGCUGAGCCCGCCUCCACCUCUGAAACCGCCACCUCCUCUGACCCGGCCAAGAAGGCGCAAGCGGUCUCGUCGCUCGUUUCCGAAAUCAGCACGAUCGGCGAGGGAAGCGACCGCGAACUCGAAGGCGUGUACAACCUCAUCUUCACGCUCGUCGCUUCGACUUCUCAGCAGUCUUCGCUCGUCCCCACGCUCGUCUCUGCGAUUGCCAAGGAAGGCGCGGUGGAGAAGAACAAUGUGCGAUACCGCAUCCUGAGCAACCUGUUCAACUCGCUCGAGGCUACGUCGGCUUUGCGACUGUCGGUGUUCAACGCGCUGCUUUCGCUGGCGGCGGCCAACGAUGAUCUGGACUACCUCACUUCGAGCCUCACCGCGUUGCCGCAGUGGUUGGCGCAGUGGGACGUGUCCGAGUCCGACAAGGCUUCGUGUCUCGAGGCUGUGGCUAAGGCGCUCGAGUCGGCGGAGAAGGAGUCCGGUCAAACGUCCAAGGCGUACCAAUUCCUCCUGUUGCACCUGCGCUACAUCUCGACGUUGCCCGACAAUGCAUCGUCGAAAGAGGCCGCCGAACGCACCGUCGCCGCCGCCCUUCGUUUGCCCAAGCUGUACGAGUUCGAGGAGCUGCUCCACAUCAAGGCCGUGUUGGACCUCAAGAGUUCGAGCACUGCGGUAUUCGAUUUGCUCAAGAUCUUCGUCGGCGGUUCCACGGCGGAUUUCAACAGCUUCGUCUCGAGCAACCCGAACGAGCUCACCCGGCUCAAGCUGGACCAGGAUGAGCUGCUGCACAAGAUCCGCCUGCUCGACCUCGCCGACCUGUGCGCGCUUAGCGUCAGUGCCGAUGUGGCCUACAGCGCGAUUGCCAAGACGCUCCAGAUCAGCGAGGACGAGGUCGAGGUGUGGGUCAUCGACGUCAUCCGUGCCGGUCUCGUCAGUGGUAAGCUCAGCCAGGUGAACGACGCUUUCAGGGUGUACAAGAGCACCCACAGGCAGUUUGGAAAGGAGCAGUGGCAGCAGUUGGAACAGCGUCUGGUGCAGUGGCAGAAGAGCAUCGCUAGUAUUGUCGAGAGCAUCGCUGCUACCAGGGGCGGCAAGUUGCCAGAGGGUGUUGUCGGCGAGGCGGUCUCUGCGUAA